GUCGAUGACUCGACUGCAGUAGAACUACGUAUUUACUUUUUUUUCUCGACAAGUGUGGCAUUGGUCAAAGUUGCAUAGUGCAUCAAUUUUUGUGUGACUCUUGCAUCUUUAGUGUGUAUACAGUUAUAUUCGGGUGGAUUUUUACUUUUUUUUGGAAACCUGUUGUCUGGAAAUAGGCUCAGUAAUUGAUUGCGAGUACCAAUCGAAGACCCGAAACAGUCAAGAUGGACGCGGUACCGAUGACUACGUCUUACUUGCCAAUGGCCAUCUUCUGGCCCCUCGUUUUAAUCGCCGCAGCACUAGCAGCUACCUACUAUUACAUCGAAACUUCUCGUAUUGUCAAAUACGGCAACAAACUACCAGGACCGAAAACUGUUCCCUUCUUUGGAAACGCCCUACUGGCCCUCGGCGUCCAGCCCAAGGAUGCUCUCAAUGAGGCUCUCAAACACGACAUAUACGGCAACGUGACCAGAGCCUUCAUCGGCCCCAAACUGAUCGUUUUCCUCAUCGAUCCACGCGACGUCGAAAUCAUCCUCAGUAGCCAAGUUCAUAUCGACAAAUCCCCGGAGUACAGAUUUUUCGCCCCGUGGCUGGGGCAGGGUCUACUGAUAAGUACCGGCGAGAAGUGGCGCAACCACCGCAAGAUCAUAGCCCCGACCUUCCACCUGAACGUAUUGAAAUCGUUCGUGCCCCUUUUCUACGAGAAUGGCCUCGAGCUCGUCGACAGACUCAAGAGCGAGAUCGGCAAGGAGUUUGACUGCCACGACUACAUGUCCCGGACGACGGUGGACAUUUUGCUCGAGACGGCGAUGGGCAUUUCGGGGACGCAGAAGGAAAAGAGCAGCUUCGACUACGCGAUGGCUGUUAUGAAGAUGUGCAACAUCAUACAUCAGAGACAGUACAACUUCCUGCUGCGGAUGGACGCCUUCUUCCAGUUCACCUCCUACGCGAAGCAGCAGCAAAAGUUCCUUGACAUCAUUCACGGGCUGACGUCGCGGGUCAUCACGAAGCGCAAGGCCGAUUUCGAGGAUGGCAAGGUCGACUCGCCGAUGAUGGCUUCGAUCAUGGAGGGCAUCAAGAAGGAUUCGGCCACCAAUGGCAGAGUCAAGCCCGAGCAGACGCUCAAGUACGUCAGGGAUGAUCUCGAUGAUAUCGACGAGAAUGACGUAGGGGAGAAAAGGAGACUUGCCUUUUUGGAUCUAAUGUUGGAGUUGAGGAAAAAUGGGGAAAAAAUGACGGACGAGGAGAUCAAGGAAGAAGUCGAUACCAUCAUGUUUGAGGGACACGAUACCACUGCGGCUGGCUCGAGCUUUGUACUCUGCGUUUUGGGUAUCCACCAAGACGUCCAGGCCCGCGUCAUGGAAGAGCUGAAUGAUAUUUUCAAAGGCUCCGACAGGCCUUGCACUUUCCAGGAUACUUUGGAAAUGAAGUACCUCGAGAGAGUUAUUUUGGAAACUCUGCGGCUUUUUCCGCCUGUGCCAGCUAUUGCUCGACAACUCAAUCAAGACGUCAAAUUAGUUUCUGGUGAUUAUCUCUUACCAGAAGGUUGCACUGUAGUCAUCCCGCAGUACAAAAUUCAUCGUAACAAGGAUCACUACCAAAAUCCCGAGGUGUUUGACCCCGAUAAUUUCCUGCCUGAAAAUACUCAAGACAGACAUUACUAUGCUUACUUGCCGUUCAGUGCUGGGCCAAGGUCUUGCGUCGGUCGCAAGUAUGCUAUGCUCAAGCUAAAGGUCCUUUUAUCGACGAUCCUGAGACAUUACAAGAUCACCUCUGACCUCACCGAGCAGGACUUUAAACUUCAGGUGGACAUCAUAUUGAAGAGGUCAGAUGGCUUUAUGAUAAAAAUCGAGCCACGAAACCAGACAGUUGUCACGUAGUUGUCUGACGCUUUACUCGUACUACCUAUUUGUACAUUUUUGUCGUUGUAAUUUUAAUUUAAACGCGAUCCUGUAUAGUUACUAAGUUUGGUUGUUCAACUGGACAGCCACUAGAUGUAAGAGUCAUUUUGUACGGGUGAUAGGAUUACAGAAAAAAAAAAAACUUUUAUUAGCUAAGUUCACUCCAUUUUUUGUAACUUUGUAAUGCACGUUUACACUUUUGUUAUACAACACUGAGAAAGGAAAGAAAGAAACUCGUUCGUCAUUGACGCAAUCGAGUCAUUUCUAUUCAAAGAUUGACAUUGUUAAAGACGAGUCGCCGAAAGGCGAAUUAUUCAUUGCGUCACGUUAACUCACAUAUUGUACAAUCGACUUUGCAAACAAUGAAUAUUAAAAACAAAACAAAAAAUUGAA